GGAUGAUCUCUGAUGAGCCCAUGACAAGCGAGGGCGACGUACGACACAGCAGGACCAGCAACAUCUCUUCUCUGAUGACUGGUGCGAGAGCAGGGCAAACUGUCACUCACAUAAGAUCCACCAACAGCAAACUACAUCCAUCCAAUCAAUUCCUGAUGGACAAAAUCCAGUCCCGCCCUACAUUUUUUCUUGUUCGAGAAGCCAUUUGGAUAGACGUCACAAUAGGGAAGAAAAGAGUAUUGCAACUUCCGUUUCAUGCUGUCUUUAAAGUUCAAUGAUCAGAUGAAAUUAGAGGUCUUCAGAGCUGCUGCUGGCGAGAAGGAUAUAAGAUGGUUGAUUUCAUGAACAAAUAAGAUUUCACAACGAGUUUUCUAUCAUCCCUUGGCUUGCUGACGAGAAUGACGGGCCCACGGUUUCAGAGAAACAAGCCUGAUCUCAUCUGAUACAGACAGAUGCUCAUCACACUAGUCAUCUCAACGCCACUUUUGUAACAAGGAUGGACCAUGACUUGCAUGGCAGCAGGAAAAGUGGUCACCGCAGCAGACACAAUGAGGAUGAGGAUGAGUCUGUCUACAUUGGCGUUCCAGUGCCACGGGGCUACAGGAGAAAGCGCAGACAUCACAGGCACACGUCACGGCAUUCCCAUGAUCGUGAAGGCCGGGAGAAACACCACAACCGUCAUGAACAUCAGGAUCGAGAGGAACCAUGUGAUGCAGAUGAAGGGGAGCAGGAUUCAAAUGAGCUCUCUGACAUCAACUCCGCCAUGUCCCCUGCUGCUGAGAGACUGCGCCACAUCCUCAGGGAGGAAGAUGAGCCCACACCCACCAUCUUCACUGAGAUGGACACACUGCAGCACGAGGGCGGAGAGAUGGAGUGGAAAGAGUCGGCCAGGUGGGUUAAGUUUGAGGAGAAGGUGGAGGAGGGUGGAGAGAGGUGGAGCAAACCGCAUGUGUCCACGCUGUCUCUGCACAGCCUGUUUGAGCUGCGCACCUGCCUGCAGACGGGCUGCAUCCUGCUGGACCUGGAGGGAUACUCUCUGCCGCAGAUAGUGGAUGACAUCAUUGAGAAGCAGGUGCAGGAGGGUCUUAUAGCUCCAGAGCUCCGUGAGAAGGUCAGUUUCGUCCUCUUGCGGAAGCACCGUCACCAGACCAAGAAGCCCAUCCACCGCUCGCUGGCUGACAUCGGAAAACCCAGCCCCUCGAACCGCAGUCCGAGCCCGAGUCCUCGCUCUGGGUCGGGUUUCCAUCGCUCCACUGAGGACCUGCGAGCUCAUCAGAGCGGCGGCCUCAGCAAAUUGCAUCCUUCUCAGUGCCGUAGCAUGAAUGAUAUUUCCGUCACGCCCAGCAAUGACCAGCUGAAGAAUAAAUUCAUGAAGAAGAUCCCCAGAGAUGCUGAGGCGUCUAACGUGCUGAUCGGAGAGGUGGAUUUUUUAGACAAGCCGUUCGUGGCCUUCGUACGUCUGGCUCAAGCUGCAACACUAGGAGGCCUUACUGAAGUCCCUGUGCCAACCAGGUUUCUCUUCGUGCUGCUCGGUCCCAAUGGCAAAACCAAGUCCUACAAUGAGAUCGGUCGGGCCAUGGCCACACUCAUGGUUGACGAUCUGUUCAGUGACGUGGCCUAUAAAGCCAGAGAUCGUGAGGACUUGAUUGCUGGGAUUGAUGAGUUUUUGGAUGAGGUGAUAGUUCUUCCUCCUGGAGAAUGGGACCCCAAGAUCCGCAUCGAACCCCCGAAGAAACUGCCUUCAGCAGAAAUGAGGAAGUCAGUUUUCUCUCUAAAUGAGCUGGGGCAGCCGAAUGGGAACGCAGGAGGAGGUGCAGCGUCUGCAGAAGACGAGGACAUGCCGGCGCCGCAUGAGCUUGGAGAAGAGCUGAAAUUUACCGGACGAUUUUGCGGAGGACUGUGGCUGGACAUCAAGCGUAAAGUGCCCUGGUUGCUCAGUGACUUCUACGAGGGCUUCCACAUCCAGUCCAUCUCUACGGUGCUCUUCAUUUACCUGGGCUGCAUCACCAAUGCAAUCACCUUUGGAGGACUGCUGGGGGACGCGACCGACAACUACCAAGGUGUGAUGGAAAGCUUUUUGGGCACAGCUUUGGCCGGCGCGGUCUUCUGUUUGUUCGGCGGUCAACCCCUCAUCAUCCUCAGCUCUACUGGACCGAUACUGAUCUUUGAAAAGCUGCUUUAUGAAUUCAGCAUGAACAAUGACAUUGACUACAUGGAGAUACGGCUCUGGAUCGGCUUGCACUCCUGCCUCCAGUGUCUGAUCCUGGUGGCCACAGACGCCAGCUACAUCAUCAAGUACAUGACGCGCUUCACAGAGGAGGGCUUCUCCAGCCUCAUCUCCUUCAUCUUCAUCUCUGAUGCCCUUAAGAAAAUGAUGAGCACCUUCAAUUAUUACCCCAUCAAUCGAGACUUCAAGCCAGAUUACAUCACCAGCUACAAGUGUGACUGCCAGGCUCCUGAUCAAGUGACUUCUUUGGCUUUCAACACUUCCUCUCUAUCAGGCCUAGAAAACAUCUCUGAUUACUCUGUGUUCAACUUCACGGCUCUGGACUGGAGUCAGCUGACUAAGAAAGAGUGCUUGAAACUCGGCGGUUCCCUGGUGGGCAAAUCCUGCAAAUACGUCCCUGAUCUGGCCAUGCUGUCUUUCAUCCUGUUCUUCGGCACUUACUCCAUGACCAUCUCGCUCAAGAAGUUCAAGUCCAGCCGUUACUUCCCCACAAAGUGUCGCACCUUGAUAGCAGAUUUUUCCAUCAUUAUAUCCAUCCUGGUCUUCUGUGCUCUGGAUUAUGUGAUGUCCUUGGAUACUCCCAAACUGCAUGUCCCCACCCAGAUAAAGCUUCGGAAACUCAUCAGUGAUUUUGCAAUCUUCACGUCAAUCAUGACAUUUGUUGGUCUUGAUAUGUUUAUGGGGCUUAAAACACCUAAACUGAUUGUGCCAACCGAAUUUAAGCCCACGCGGCCCGAUCGCGGCUGGAUCGUCAUGCCUUUAGGGAAGAACCCGUGGUGGAUGAGCUUGGCCAGUUUUGUACCUGCUCUGCUGGUCACCAUCCUCAUCUUCAUGGAUCAGCAGAUCACAGCCGUCAUCGUCAACCGAAAAGAAAACAAACUAAAGAAAGGCUGUGGUUAUCAUCUGGACCUGUUCUGGGUGGGCAUCCUCAUGGCCGUUUGCUCCUUCAUGGGUUUGCCCUGGUACGUAGCGGCCACGGUCAUUUCCAUCGCCCACAUCGACUCUCUGAAGAUGGAAAGUGAGUCCAGUGCUCCUGGUGAGCAGCCACAGUUUCUUGGUGUGCGGGAACAGAGACUUACAGGCACAUUGGUGUUUGUCCUCACUGGAGUGUCUGUCUUCCUUGCACCAAUACUGCAGUACAUCCCUAUGCCUGUGUUGUAUGGUGUGUUCCUGUACAUGGGCGUCGCUUCUCUCCAUGGCAUUCAGUUUUGGGAGAGGAUGAAGCUGUACCUCAUGCCAGCCAAGCACCAGCCAGAUUUCGUGUUCCUGCGGCACGUACCCCUGCGGCGCGUACACCUCUUUACCCUGGUGCAGAUCACCUGCUUGGCCGUCCUCUGGAUCCUCAAGUCCACUGUGGCCGCCAUCAUCUUCCCUGUCAUGAUUCUGGGCCUGAUGGUCGUGAGGAAGAUGUUGGACCUGGUCUUCUCGCAGCAUGACCUGGCCUGGCUGGACGACAUCUUGCCCGAAAAGGACAAGAAGAAGAAGGAGGAUGAGAAGAAAAAGAAAGAGAAGAAAAAAGCCAAAGCCGAUGAACACAACAACAGCGAUGAAGAGUCAAAGUGUCCCAAAGACUCCCUCCCCUCAGUGAAGAUUCCUCUGGAGCCAAUGAACCCGUCCGUCCAAACAAACCCCUCUAAUUCUGACCCCUCGGCCUGACUAAGCAUCAUCCUUAGUCUACCUGCACCCCCGGCAAGUCAGACCUGGAUUCGGACAGAUCCCGUGUCACAUCCCUUACGUGAACCCGAAGCACCCGGCUGAUCAAACACUCAAACCAUGUUUGUCCUCACACUUAUGAUGAGAUAUGAUCUGAGUCACAAGCACAGCAUCACUGGCAGUUUCCCAAACACAUGAGACUCACAGAUGUAUGAUAUUUUUACGUACCUUACCAACGCAGCAAGUGACGCACUUUUCCAAGCCCACAUUGACCAUAUUGCGCGUGAGUCAUUCAGACCUUGGAUUUUAUUCAAGAUUCUUCAAUUAGAUCUGCAGAGCUGUGCCAGCUUGAACUGCUGAGCUCAUGUGUGUUAAGAUAAGAUUCAUGCAUGUAUAUUGUGAUUUAAACGUAAGACUUUUUUUGGAAACCCUCUUCAGAGAAUAAGAAGAAGAGGUUUAAACUAAGUUUAAGAUUUCAUUAUCAUAUUGUAUAAAUAUAUUCGAACUGUAUGAUAUUAAAUAUGGAUUUCAUAGAAUCUAGUGAUUCACAAAUAAAUUGAAUUUUAGUUAGAAAAACAGUGUAUCUAAUAGAAUUCAGUUGGAUUAAAUUUGUUGUAUUGCAUUACAAUUAAAGCAUGAAUAUAUUCCAGAAAUAGAUUUUGAGUUCAUACCGUAGAAUUUUAUAUUUAAAAAUCAGAAAUGUGUAUUUGAAUAAUGUUGAAAUGUUUUCAGACAGUCGUAAUUGGUCCGUAAGAACAACGCACAGGUUUUGUUUUAUUUAGAUUCUGUUUGUUCAUUUGUAUUUUGUUCAAAUAAAGAAUAAAAGAGGGAUUAAUAUGU